GUUCCCUCUCAAACACUACCAGGACAAGAUCCGGCCGUACAUCCAGCUGCCGUCGCACAGGAACAUCACCGGCGUCGUGGAGGUGAUCCUCGGCGACACCAAAGCCUACGUCUUCUUCGAGAAGGACUUUGGGGACAUGCACUCCUAUGUGAGGAGCUGCAAGAGGCUGCGGGAGGAGGAAGCCGCCCGGCUUUUCAAGCAGAUCGUCUCGGCUGUAGCUCACUGCCACCAGUCAGCUAUCGUGCUCGGCGACCUCAAGCUCAGGAAAUUCGUCUUUUCUAAUGAGGAAAGGACGCAGCUGCGGCUCGAGAGCCUGGAGGACACGCACAUCAUCAAGGGCGAGGACGACGCGCUCUCCGACAAGCAUGGCUGCCCCGCGUACGUCAGCCCCGAGAUCCUCAACACAACCGGGACCUACUCGGGGAAAUCGGCCGACGUGUGGAGUUUGGGAGUGAUGCUCUACACCCUGCUGGUGGGACGCUACCCCUUCCAUGACUCGGACCCUAGUACGCUCUUUUCCAAAAUCCGGCGUGGACAGUUCUGUAUCCCCGACCACGUCUCUCCCAAAGCCAGAUGCCUCAUCCGCAGCCUGCUGAGGCGGGAGCCCUCCGAAAGACUCACCGCUCCGGAGAUUUUGCUUCAUCCGUGGUUUGAAGCGGUCUUGGAGCCUGGAUAUACAGACCAGGAAACGGGAACUGCGGAUCAAAUCGUUCCAGAAUAUCAUGGAGACAGUGACGAUAUUAGUUCCUUCUUCUGCUAAUCCUGAAAAUCUCAAAAAAUCACUCACGAUUCUCACACAUGGCAUCUUUUUUUUUUUUAGUUUUAUUUUUUUGACUUUUCCACGUUGCAGACUCACAGCAUCUUAAAGUGCCAGUAUGGUCAGAAAAGUGACCUUGUGUGAAACAAAUGUCAAGCUGUAGAUCCGCUCCCUGAGCCUCUGCCAGGUCCCCCCUGCUCGCAUUGCCGGUGGGUCCCUGCCGCCGGCCCUGGAGGACCCGCGCGGGAGCCACCUGGCUCAUCUCCGGCCUCCCGC